AUGACUAGUGAUGCCAUGAAUGUGCACCACUUAACAAGCAAGAAUUUCAGCAACUAUGGGAAAGGAUCUGAUUUCCAUGAGAUCUUUGAUAUUCUUGGUGGUGGAAUUUUCAAUUUGGAUUCCGAUGAAUGGAAACAUGAGAGGACAUUGCUUCAUUCAUUGCUCAAAAGGAAAAACAUUGAGAUAUUUAUUCAACAAAACAUUAAAAAGAAGCUAGAAAAAUGUCUUUUACCAUUUCUUGAUAAUAUUGCAUCCAAACCUAGACAAGUACUUGAUUUACAAGAUAUUCUUGAGAGGUUCACAUUUGACCUCACUUGCAAUCUUUUAUUUGGAUUUGAUCCUAAUUCCCUCCCUUACAAAUUCAACGACGAGUUAUCAGAUGUCGCUUAUGUAAAAGCUAUUUCUAUUAUCGAGGCUAUAUUAAUGUCCAGACACUAUAUUCCAAAAAGUGUUUGGAAACUACAAAAAUGGCUGCAAAUUGGUAAGGAAAUGAAUUACAAGUCAUCUCAAGAAAGUCUUGACAAAUUCUUGUAUAAAUGUAUAAGUUAUUGCAAAGAUGAAGAGGAGCAAAGAAAGUUCAACAGCAGUGAAGAUGUGGAUGAAUCACAAUCUUGCUUGGUAAAAUCACUAAUGGAAGAAAGUUUGGGAAAGGGGAAAAUGGAUGACAAGUAUCUUAGAGACACUGCAUUCAAUCUCUUAGCUGCAGGAAAUGGAACAAUCAGUGCAUCUCUUUGUUGGUUGUUUUGGUUAGUUUCAACACAUCCUGUUAUAGAAGCUAAAAUUAUUCAAGAGAUGAAAGAUAAUUGUGUAACACAAGAGGAGAAUUGGAUACAAAAUAUAAGUAUGGAAAAGCUUGAGAAGCUAGUUUACAUUCAUGGAGCUAUAUGUGAAGCUUUAAGACUUUAUCCUCCAAUACCAUCUGAACAUAAGUGUGCAAAAAAAUCUGAUAUAUUACCUAGUGGAGAUCAUGUUAGUCCAAAUACAAAAGUAAUGUAUUCUAUGUAUGCAAUGGGAAGGAUGGAACAAAUAUGGGGAAAAGACUGCAUGGAAUUUAAGCCAGAGAGAUGGAUAUCAGAUAAAGGAGUUAUUAUACAGGUACCAUCUUACAAGUUCAUAGCAUUUAAUGCAGGUCCUAGAAGUUGCCUUGGGAAAGAUAUGACUUUUGUUCAUAUGAAAAUGAUUGCAACUGCUAUGUUAUGGAAAUUUCACUUCCAUGUUGUGGAACCUCAUCGUGUAACUCCAAAGCUUUCUAUGGUUCUUCGUAUGGAACAUGGCUUUAAGGUCAAAGUCAAUGCAAGAUCCAUUUGA